GGCUUUUCUCAUUUUGGACUGGGCUUAGGCCCAAUUAUGUCAAAUGACUCUCGCUACCCUCUGAUACAGGGAGAAAGAUGGAAGAAGACCUCAACAACGUGGUUCCAUGCUCCUCCCUCGCCGUCGAGUCUAGCCUCCGCGUCGGAACGGCUGGUGCAAUCUGGGGCUUGUGUUAUGGUCCCUAUGAAGCUCGUCAACAGGGUCUUACUGGCAUUCCACGAGUUUCUUUUGUGGCGAACACGGUCGGCAAGUUUGGGAUUCGAUGCGGACUUGUAGCUGGAGUUUUCAGCAUUACGAGAUGUAGGAUUCAGCAAUACAGGAGGCAAGAUGAUUGGGUCAAUGGUCUGAUUGCGGGAGCUGUGGCAGGUGCAUCUGUUGCUGUUGCUGCCGGGACACGGAAAUGGACGCAGGUGAUUGGAAUGACAGGUUUUGUUUCUGCUUUUUGUGCUGCAGCUGACUACUCCAGAACAUCUUAAAAUGACAUGAGAAACCGUGGGCAGAGAUAUUUGAUCCAGGUUUCUUGGAAGACAUCAACAAGCAAAAUUCUUUGCUAUUUGGUAGUUUUCAAAGAUUGUAUUUUUUUUUUGUUAUUUAUGUGUUUAGAAUAAUUUAGUCUUGGUUGAGGUUCUCUUUAUACAUGAUAACACUAAACAAGACAAAAAUACUAUGUAAAAUGCACACACAUCAUGGUCUUACAACCACAUUGUACAUUUCCUUAUGACUUCAAUUAGGAGAAUUUUUCACCAA